CGGCGACGAGCGGGGUCCGGCGGCCGCUGCGGGAUGGCGCCGCCGCCGCUGCUGCGCGCCGUCAUCAUGGGCCCGCCGGGCUCCGGCAAGGGCACGAUCUCGGCGCGGAUCAUCAAGCACUUCGGCAUGAAGCACCUCUCUAGCGGAGAUAUGCUGAGGGACAACAUGCAGAAGAAGACAGAAGUUGGAAUCCUUGCCAAGUCCUACAUUGAUCAAGGAAGGCUUAUUCCAGAUGACAUCAUGACACGGCUGAUGCUGAAUGAGCUAAAAGGUCUAGAUCGAUACAACUGGCUGCUGGAUGGUUUCCCUAGAACAGUUGCUCAGGCACAAGCCCUGGAUAAAGAGUGUCAAAUAGACACUGUGAUUGACCUAGACGUACCAUUUGAAACCAUAAAAUGUCGUCUCACUGCACGUUGGAUCCACCCUAGUAGUGGCAGAGUCUACAACCUUGAAUUCAGUCCCCCCAAAGUGCAGGGCAUUGAUGACAUUACUGGAGAGCCCCUUGUUCAACGAGAUGAUGAUAAGCCAGAGACGGUUACCAAGAGGCUGCAGGCUUACGACGCACAAACAAAACCUGUUCUAGAAUACUAUCGGGAAAAAGGGCUGUUGAAAUCCUUCUCUGGAACAGAAACUAAUAAAAUCUGGCCACAUAUCUAUGCUUUCCUCCAAACCAAGUUGCCGGAUGUGAGCCAGAAAGACACUGCCACUCCCAGGUGAAAUUAGGUCUAACUUCUGCUCACUGUCAUAGCACACACACGAUUACACAAGAUUCAGCAAUCAAUAAUUACUCUUAAGUAGUGUACCAGACUGAUCAAUAAUUAAAGUCUACUGUUGGCCCUAAAUUACAUUAUGAUAAAACUAUGUCUUCUCUGGUUCUCUCUUCAACACUGUAUUUGUUUUUAAUUUUAAAAUAUGCCUGAUUUUCAUAAUAUAGUAAUUGACUUUAACAAAAGCAAAUACUCUUGUGUCUCUGUUAAUCAGAAAAUAAUCGUGUUUGGUAAUAAUAGUGAAGGAGAUAAGUUUCAGAAUAUAGCAUACAGAGGAUUUUUGCUGAUUUAAUCAUUCACUAACUGCAGUGUGAAGCAGUGACAAAAGGUAUGGAAGGAAGUUUCUUGAAUGCUUGACUUGUGGCCUCCCAGAAGCUGUGAGGGACUGUGGCUGCAGGAAGCACUUUCAACCCCAAACUGGCACAGGACAGUUUGGGUUGGAAGGGAUCUUUUAGCAGUCAUUUAGUUCAAGCUCUCUAACACGCAAGGACAUGUUUCAUUUUAUCAGGCUGCUGAAAGCUCUGCUCAUUCUGACUUUGAACACAGCUUCCUUGGCAACUUCUUUCAGUUGCUCAGCCUUCGUUGGGGGGGAAAAAAUAAAAAUUAUAUACAGUGGUAGCUUAAUCACAUAAAAUGAUAACAUUCCUUAGCUUUACUGGUUUUGCUGGGCUUAAGCUACCCUUGAGACUUAGUGGAUGAUUUGCCCUAUUGCUGUGGUUCUAUUUCUGCCUUUGGCUAUAUUAUUGGCAUGAAAAAUUUUGAAUGACUUACAAAUUCAUUUGGUAAAGCUCUGUCUUUGAGCAGCUGUGCAAAGCUUCACUAGUAAAAAGAAAGCAGACA